AUGGAGCCUCCUCCGCUGCAGCAUAUCGUCAUCGCCGUCGCCACGCUCUCUUUCCUCGUCUUCACCGUUUUCUUUGGCCGUCUUCCCGUCUUCCGCAAAACCCCGAUCGGAUUCCUGCACCGCUUGAUCUGGGUGCACUUCCCCGCCCUGUUGCGCCGUCUGGACGGCCUCGUCACCGGCGGCCGGAUCUACAAGUACACUACCCGCACCUGGCACUACCUACUCUACGAAAAGCAUCCCCUGGUCCUGAUCUUCUUCCUCGGCCUGCUCACCGCCGCCUCUGGCCUCCUCCUCUUCAACGCCUACACCUGCUUCCCCGUCUACCACCGCCUGGUCAUCCCGCUCGUGCUCCCCGCGCCCUAUGUCUUCACCUACCUGUGCGCCACCACGCGCCCCAACACCGUCAUCAAUGCCUCGAACCACGCCGCCCAGAUGCAAGCCUACCCGUACGACCACAUUCUAUACCACCCCAACAUGACCUGCCGCACAUGUCACCUGCCUAAGCCGGCACGCAGCAAGCACUGCCCCAUUUGCAAGACCUGCGUGGCUCGCAUGGAUCACCACUGCAUCUGGGUCAACAACUGCGUCGGCCGCGAGAACUACCGCUGGUUCCUCGCACUGCUGUUGAGCACGACGCUCCUCCUCCUGUACGGCGCUUACCUGGCUCUGGUCGUAUAUCUGUACCCCCAAGUCUACGACCGCUUCACCCACUACGACCAUGCGUUCCCCGCCGGGCUGCUUAGCGGCUGGGCGCCGUGGAAACUUCGCCUCUUGGGCUUCCGCGAGGACCUGAACACCGUCAUGGUCGAGAGCAUAAAGGUGGGCGGCCUGAGCAUUUUGGGCGUCGGUCUCUUGGCCGCGCUUACCUGGCCUCUUCCUCUCGGCUUGCUGGCCUACCACACAUACCUGAUUUGGGCCGGCAUGACGACCAACGAGGCGAGCAAGUGGGCCGACCUGCGUGACCAAAUGCGCGACGGCCACAUCUACGCCGGCAAGCUCUGGGGCUCCUCGAACGCCAGCGAGCACCUUCCCAGCCAGCGCGGCCGCCCGAGCACUCGCGGUGGCCGCUAUGCCCAUUCUCGUGCCCGCGCCACCUCCAACAGCUUCGCCGAAUUCGGCUUCACGUCGGGCGAAGUCGGCAGACGCAUCGCUCGCGAGAACACGCAGGAGAAGGGCACCGGCUCGGACAGCGGCUACAGUUCGGACGAUAACAAAAUCCAUGCCAGCACCAACCCGACGCGCUGGCCCAAUAACCCGUGCCAGGUGCUUGUCCGGACCGGCGACGGCGAGCCCCCUCGCGAAGUUCCGCAGCAAUUGACGGGACUUGUGGAUGAGGGUAGCUGGAAGCGCGUGUGGCGCUUGGCCGACAUUGAAAACAUUUACGAUCUUGGAUUCUGGGACAACCUCGAGGACGUUCUGCAAGGGUAA